AUGUUUUCCCUUCUAGUCCUAUUGUUGAGUGGGGUUCUAUUAACAAAAUCAGUACUGGCCGGUUUCCAACAUUAUCAGUUAGAUGCAAAUUCACUGGGUGUUUCUUGCUUUCCUAUUUUGAGCGAACUAGAAGCUACCUCAAUUGGUGGUAUCAAGGUUUUAUUAGAAGAAUUGAUCCUAAAUGAUGGACAGGAGUCAACAGAUUUAAAGAUACCAGUCUUGCUAUUACCUUAUGAAGAUAUUCUUAACUUUACGACCAUUCCUUCCUGGGAAGAAUAUGACAGGGGGUAUGCAUCCAACUAUAGCUCUACUAACUUGAACUGGGACAAUUAUUUUUUGAGAAAUUCAGUAGAUUUUGAAGAAAAUAAGUUUAUCUUGGAUUUGUAUGAUGGGUACAAUGAAAUUGACGAGAGAAGGAUUUAUAAUGGAUAUUUGGACGCAUCGAAGAAGAAUGGUCACGAUGAAGCCAUAUUACCAGCUUACAAGAUUGGUAUGUAUUGUGCAUAUGUUGCGCCACCUAUUAACAGAGGUAUCAAAAUGAUGACUAUUCGUAUUGUUCCUGAACCCUCUUCAUUUUACUCGACUAACAUGUCAUAUGCUGAGUAUUGUCAAACAAAGUAUAUAAUUGUUACAGGAGUAUUGCUAUUAGUAUACCUAGUUCAUAAUAGUUUGCGAUUUACGAAGGGAAGACAAACCAAGAAUAUGCCAAUUAUUUCAAAACUAGUCAUAUUUUAUGUCUUGAUACCGCUUUUAUCAUUCAUGUCCCUUGAAUGGUUUGUAGUAUUUAUCGAGCUUCACAGCAAUUUGAGCAGCCGCAAAAUACACUUCUUUGAAUAUUUCCGUCUAAUGAAUGAAUGGAUUCAACCUAAUUGGAAGAUCUUCCUUCAAUUCUAUACUUUACUCUUCACUAUGGGAUAUGGUGUAAUUUAUUAUAAUAGGGGAGCUUCUCGAACAUUUAGCAAAAUUCCAAAGAGAACUAAGAACAUAGCAUUGUCACUUUUCAUUGUCGAUUUAAUUUUGAAUAAUAUAACAAACAUUGCAAGGUAUUUGAAGUCAUAUCCUUCGCUAUUACAUCAAGAUACAAUUGAAACCAUAGGUGCCUCGUGCUUCCUUGGCUCGCUUGUAUUCCCUUAUGUCUUACGUUUUGUAUCAUUUAUUUACUACUUCAAGACAAGGAAUAUUAUUAAGAAAUUGCCACCUACUUCAACUACCACCGAAGGAAUUGAUGCUAAUACCAGAAUAAUGAAAGCAUUUAAACAAUCUAGUCUUGUCAUUUUCAUAUCACCAAUUGUUUCAGCAUUGGCAUGGUUUUGCUCAUUUGCACGUAUUUUAGGUAACUUUAUUUACUCAAUGAUGAAUAGUUUUCCUUCAGAACUGAAAUUAAUCGAGAAUAUAUCCAGGGAACAACUCAUAAUGCUGGUAGAAAUGAUGACGGAAAUAAUGCAGUUUACUCGUGAUAACAUGAUGUCUCCAGUUAGAGAAUGGUCAGGUGCUAUCAAGAUAUAUCUAAAUAUAGGAUUGUUGUAUGUGAUUUGGAUUAGAAAUAACAAUGCUUUAGUCGUUGAAGAUGAAAAAGAGGACCUCAAAGAGUAG